UGCCAAUCUAUAUUCCAUGGUUUAUUUAGCAUUCUCAGUUGAAUCAUUAUAGCUCUUGUCCCAGUUUCUCCCCGCCCCAAACAUUUCUCUAUGGAGGGCCUCAGCAGAGAGGAGAAAGGAAAAAUGGAGGGGAGGCAGGGCAGAGGCAGGGACUCAUGGCUUCCCUGAAAUAAUCUUGGGAACUGUAGUUUGUCAAGCAUAGUAAGUAAUAUUUCUCAGUGCCCUCCUUUUGGCUACAAUUGAGGUGCACUGUAUGUUUUUGACAUGUGCCAUAAUAUUGUUUCCACCUACCAAAAUAUAUUUAAUGGUAUACAUAUUUUAUUUAUGUUGUUAAACUGUCUACAACGGGUGCCAGCCAAAAAAGCAGGCAACGGGGAAGACGCUCGCGGCUACAACCCUUUAUAAAAGUAGUUGGGAAGAAGCGCCAUUGAACUCGGCGGGCCUUUCCCUCCCAAAUAAAGAUGCCUCGGAUUGGGCGGCAUGGUUAGCUCAUUUGCAGAACGGAAGACGUCAGGAGGGGGCGGGCCCAAACUUUCUGCUUCCGUGUGUGUUUUUCAGCCUCGUUGCGAGAAGUAGCGCCCCCUAGCGACCACUGCCUCCCUGCCUGCCGGCGCCGUUCGCCUAGCCCGGCUUUCUCCGUCGCCGCCCGAGGGAGGGCUGGUCACGUGCUGGGGGCGUGGAUCCGAACGGCGGCCUCUAAGGGUCACAUGACAGGGGCGCGGGCCGGGGUUGCUACUGUUGCUUGGGGAGGGGGGCCGGAGUCCGACUGACCAUGGUAAGUGAGCGGCUGCCGGGCUUCAGGCGGCGGCGGCGGGGUGCGGGGAGGAGAGAAGCGGGGCUGUUCAUGGCGGUGCGUCGCCUCGCCUGUCCGAGGCCUGCAGGACCGUUGUAGUAUGAGCGGCGGCGCCGGCGCCGCCUUCCUCCUUCCUUCUCCUUGUGAGGCGGGUUGGGCCUUGGGGGGCUUUUGAGGCGAGGGAGGCCGGGCGAGCCGUUGGCCGUUCCCAUGGAUAUGGCACUCUCGGCGCGAGGGGCUUCCAUUCGAUGCCGCCGCCCCGCUUCCACCACGCGCUCCACCCCGCCUUUCUGGGUGACGCGGGCGGCGUGUGUUCCGCUGCUUCUUGAGGAGAAGGCGAAGUACGCGGGGAGGGGCGCUCUUGCCGCCGGUGCCCCGGGAAGAUCAGGGUCUAGGUUUCUUACGGCGGGCUAAGCGAGCAAGGCGGGGUGGAGGGAGGGAGGGAAGUGGCUGGGAUUUUCGUGGAGUGCGGGACACGUCAGAGUCACCUGGGCUGUCUCUGGUGGCAGUCCCGGGUUUGGCUUCUAAGAGGAGGAAAUGUGGGGUGGGGGCGUAAACGUGUCUGCGGGUUUAUAUUCUCGGGGGAUUUAUGCACCUCUUCGCGUAGGGAGAGGAGACCCUCACCACACAGUUACUUACAGUGCGCUGUUACUUCACGUGUUGCCCAGCAGCACUGGCAUGCAAAACCUAACCAGCCUAAUUGGGUUGUUGUAGUUGUAAGGUUUAAUUUGAAGAAUGCUGUUAGUAAUUACCAGUAGGGAUGAAAGGUGUAUAGGGAACCCAAGAAGGAGAACUGGGAGCAGGUUGUAAGGACUGGACUGUGAAUGCUUCUUUGCUGAUUGUUUUUUUAUUGGCUUUAUGUCCUGCAUUUCUGCCAAGAUACUUGAAGUGGUUUACAAAUUUAAAAUACUAUAAUAUAAAAUGAAGAGUUGAUAGAGCCCUUUCAGGCCGACUGGGAGUUGGUGGCGCAAACUCCCUGACCACCUACUCUCCCUCAGGGCACACAGGUAUUCCUGAAGCAACCCUAGGAAAGGUGUAGCAGACGCUAUCCCAAAUCUCUCAGGCCGCUGAUGGUUCUGUGAAGAACUGGGUGGUAUGAAGACUUUGUCUGCACAACUGGUUGCAAGUGGUCAGGCUGAACCUGGAGUCUGCAGUACUCUAGGCAUCACACUUUGAAGAAGGGCACUGACAAAUGAGCAUGUCCAGAGGAGGAGGGCAUCUGAGAUGGUGAGAGCUGUUGAAACAAAGUUCUCUGAGGAAUAGUUGAAUGAAAAGGUAAAGGACCCCCGGACGGUUCAGUCCAGUAAAAGGCGACUAUGGGGUUGCAGUGCUCAUCUUGCUUUCAGUUCGGGGGAGCCUGUAUUUGUCCUCAGACAGGUUUCCAGGUCAUGUGACCAGCAUGACUAAACAGCUUCUGGUGCAGCGGAACACUGUGACAGAAGCCAGAACGCAUGGAAACUCUGUUUACCUUCCUGCCACAGCAGUACCUAUUUAUCUACUUGCACUGGUGUGCUUUUGAACUGCUAGGUUGACAGGAGCUGGGACAGAGCAACGGGAGCUCACUCCGUCGUGAGGAUUCGAACCUUCCGAUUGCCAAGACCAAGAGGCUCAGUGGUUUAGACCACAGCGAGCCUAUGUUUGGCUCGCCAAAAGAUUAAAGGGAGACAUGAGAGUGGUCUUCAGAUUUCUGACAGGUUUAAUGAAGAAGAUGGAGCAGGCUUGUUUUUUGUUUCUCCAAAGGGCAGGACUAGAACCAGUAGGUGGAAAGUGUAGGGAAGCAGAUUUCAGCUAGGUUUAAGGAGAAUAUUCCUAAUGCUAAGUACCAUUUGACAGUGGAAUAGACCACCUGAGGAGGUGGUGAUGGACCCUCCUUUGCCAGAGGUAGAAAUCCUGUAGUUACUCCUUGCACUGGGCAGAGAGGGGGUUGGAUUAGAUUACCUCAAGGGUACUUUCCAAAUUGCUAGUCAUUUCAUUCUAGCUAGUCAUUUCAUUCUAACAUUUUUAAAAAUCUUGGCAGGGUGCACUUUGUUCAGUGAUUCCAUCCAGGUGUGUACUGAUAGAUAAGUAGCUUAAUGGAACAGGUUGGGUAUACUAUAUAGAAUCCUUAGGAAUUCUAGAACUGGUUUAAGACCUUCUUUAUUACAUAUCCAUCCAUAACAAUGCCUCAAAGAAUCUGCAUGUGGUCUUACACUCAUGUAAUAAAAUGUAAAUUGUUCAGGCAAUAUACUCUUGAGUCACUAGCAAAAUAAUAUUUAUAUGAAUCCUUAAGGUCAAUUGAUUAGAAGUGACUUAUGUCUGUAAAAAGCCUAUGGCGGUAUUAGUGAGCUUUCAGGCAGGGGCUUAAUAUUGCAAAUGGAUCAUUCAGAUCUGGUUUUCUGUGAGCAUGAUUGGUAUGAGUGUUGACACAUAUUUUCAUAGGCAUUAUGUUUUUCCCCAUCAGUACUAGUGGGUGUUGGUGCCAGAAUAUUUCCCUGCUGUGUUUUCUUGUUCCUCCGCUGUAUUAGUACUGCUUUGCUCUUCUACCUUUUCCAGUUUUAAAUAGGUGCACAAGUAUUUCUGUACCUGGGUACACACCUUUAAUCCCCCUACUUGUAAAUUCACAAAAGCAAACUUAAAAACCCUUAGUUAUCAUGUUUUAUGACCUGUAAAAUGGAGACUUUUGAUUCUACAGGGUGACUCAUUUCCAUAUUUUUUUUAAAAUAUAAUAAGUCUUGUGCAAGACCACAGAGGAAAGUGGGAAGGUCUUGUGCAAGAAAGGUAUUGCAUAAGACCUUUAUUUUUUAAAAGUCUCAAUGCAUGUACUACAGUUUGUCUCUGAGAUAUACCCUACAUAUAAUGUGUGAAGAUGUCUACCUUCUCUGAAGUGGUUGGCUGAAAUUUGAAGGUGUUCAGUGUAUGGCAGUUGGUGGAAAUAGGUAAAUAGGCUGAGAUUGUUUGGGUCACCAGAAACAAAGUGACUAGGCUGUGUGCAGUUGAGGAAAAAAUGGAAGUAGGGGUGGCAGUAGAGACCACUCAUCAAAACGUCACAACACAUAUGACAAACUGCUUACCAAAAACAACAACAUGGUAAUAAGCGUCUGCACCAGGUGUGCCUGUAGCUGUAUAAUAGGUUGUUUUUACUUUCUUUUCUUUGCAUAGUAAGGUGAAAUUCAGAUUAAACAGAUUAAAAAGUCUUGUAUUAUGAUACAGAUGUCUUGUGGAUGCUGUCAAAUCUUGCAUCCAUGAACAACACCUACUCCAGUCUGGAAGCACCCCGAGUCAUUUACUUUGAUAUUUUAAGGUGGCGUGACAGUGCCUACAAGAAUUAUAUACAGGGAUUUCCUCAGUCUUCAUAAGCUGUAGAAAUCUUUGGUGUAGUUUGUAGGUCAUAAAAUAACUUUCAGGCAUGGCUGGCUACCAUUAGUAACACUUGGUCUGGACGAGCUGCUGUGAAUUUAAACCCCAUGACAUGCCAAACCAACUCCCUCCCUCCCGGCCCCACAUGCUGAACUUCUGCUUUGCAUGCGGCUGUUAAAGGCAAAUGAAGUCUGUCAGACCCAAAGGUUGACAAUGCUAAUUUACCUUUGCUUUACUAGCCUACUUAUAUUAAUAAAUUAAUUCUUGGAUGGGUGGCAGAUACUACCAGUACCUCUAGAUGUUGAAAUACUGAGGAGACAUUUGCCAUAUAUGCUCAUCACUUGAUGUCUGCAACAUCAAUAAUGUGUUGUGCACUCUUACGAGUGUGCCAAGAGCCCAUACAGAUAGAUGUCUGAAUAACUCUUCAAAUACAGCCUUUACUCUGGGGGCCUUGCGCAUAUUCAGCUGACAGUCAUUGAGAUGGCUCAGAUUUAAUGCUAAGGUUUUCUCUUAACGGGAAUGAGCCUCCUAGGACCCUUGGGCUUACAUGUUUCUUCCUCCCAGCACAUGCUGUGAUCCCCUUCCUCUUGGUAUAUGACAAAUUUGCCAUCUUGUCUAAAGUGACAAACUAUGCUUUGUGAUUGACCGCAUCAUGUUCAGUGCCUGGCUAAUUUUGAACACUGCUGUACAAGCUGAAUGGCCUCUGCGUUCCAAAGCAAGACAGGAUAAACAAAUUGUAGUUAGACUUAAAGUAUGUGUGUGUGUGCAAACAUAACAACAGUGUGUUGCAAACACACUCAUUUUAGGAUUUGAAGGUCCCCCCCCCAAAAAAAUUAAUUCCUUUUAUUGUAGAUUAGUUAUGUAGUGUGUUAAGGCACUCAACAAUGUUUUCCAAUUCAGUCAGAAAGUUCAGUUUGUUUUGCCUUUAAUGGUGGCUUAUUAAAUUCUUGUAGGGCUCCUUUGAAGUCUGGACUUCCAUUGUGCAUAUUGUUUGGAUAGCUUGGUGUUUGCUUAUUAGCAAGAAUUGAAUGCCAUCUAGGUUUUCUUUUUUUACAAUGCUUUGAGGCACUGAGACAGGAUACAGGUGGUCUGUUUUGCUUCUGUUCCUCCACAAGUCUCCUGGCCCACUCUCCUUCCCUGUUUGCUUUGGGGCCAAAUUAAAGAGUCCUGCUGAUUCCUGAAAGAAGGAAAUAGGACAAAAGGGAUCAGUUAAGGAAUGGGACAGAGGGCUUUCAGCUGAAUCAGGCCUUUUAAGUACUUCAAGUAUAGCCCAGGUGUGGGGACUGGGAACCUUUUGCCCUUGCUGUACUUAAGUUCCCAUCAGAUUCAACAAGCAUGUUGAUGGCUAGGGAUGUUGGGAGUUGUAGUUCAGCAACGUCUGACAGGCCGAAGGUUUCCUGCACCUGGUAGGCAGAGAGUAGCUAACGUCUACUUGGAGUAGGCCCAUUGAAGUUAAGAAAUAUGUGAUCCAUUAAUUUCAGUGGGUCUGCUCUGAGUAAAACUUGGUUGAACGCCCCCCCCAAUAGCCUCCGGACAAUUCAUUAGCAACUGAAAUGCAUCAAGCACUUUUUAAAUGUUCUUUGGAUACCCGAAACCACUAUUUCUAAUAGUCUAAUCCAGGCAUGUCCAACUGGUCGCUUGCGGGGUGGGCGAUCAUGGGUUCCUGAUCGAUAGAAGUUGGAUGUGCUUGGUCUAAUCUUUCCCUGAGUAGUGGUGCUUUUCUUAGAUGAGGCACAAAAGAUAGAUGAGCAGCAUCUGGAGCAAUGGGACUAGGCUGCAGACUAUUUGGGGGUUUAGGGCAUGGGGCCUUAGCCUGUCAUUUCCCCAUUUUGUUCAAGUGGCCCUCAGACAAAACUAGUUGCUGAUUAGAUUUCUGUAAUGUAGUUUUAAUGUAUUUUUAGUAUUUUUCCCUUCCAUCAAUGCAGAAACAUAUAUGUAAGAAUUGUUUUAAGUUGCUUAAAUUAGUUAUCUGUCACUUCACCCUUAAAAUAUUUUGAUUUAUAAUUGUUAUGGGGUAGCAUGUGUGGUGGUGGUGGUGGGGGGCUACACUGGCACAUAAGACAUGGUGAACCUGUAUUUCUGUUCUAGCAUGAUGCUUGCUUUUCCACAAAUGCGACAAUUCGUAACAGUGUUCUGUUGCUAUCUCACACCAGUUCAGUUUCUACAGCUUAUAAUUUUGGUAGAAUUAAUUUUUUUAUAUAUGUUUAAAGGAGCAAUUAAAACAAGAGCCAUAGAACUUUUUCUUCAUUAUUUAGCUACACUUUGUGGCUGCUAUAUUGAACUUGAUAAAGUUGCUGUUUAUUUUAUCUAAGACUAAGUGAAUUUGCUUUUUAUUGCAGAGUUUUCUGGGAGGCUUGUUUGGUCCCAUUUGUGAGAUUGAUGUUGUUCUUAAUGACGCAGAAUCACGAAAAACAGCUGAAAUAAAAACAGAAGAUGGUAAAAUAGAAAAACAUUAUCUUUUCUAUGAUGGAGAAUCGGUUUCAGGAAAGGUAAUUUUUUUUUUUUUAAAGAAGUUUGCACUUUAUGUAUGAUAUAGGGCAGAAAUUGUAUUAAUGAUAUAGCUGUUCCAGAUAAUCUCGUAAUAGAAUCUAGGUUCUAGUGUAUAUGUCAUAUUGAGGUUUGGUAGUAAACAAAUUGUUAAUCAAGUCAAUAUGUAUAUGUCAAGGAAGGACCAACUCAUUUAUUUUGUUUCGGAGGAACUUCUUUCAGUGUUGGCACAGGAGAUAAUACAGUCAUCCUAUUAAUUUUUAUUACACAAAUGUUUGAUAAUGUCAUAUUAAUGAUCUAUGGUGUUAACUGAUAAUUUGUGGGUUUUUGCAAAUUUUAAAAAUGUUAGAUUAACUAUCCAAAUAUUUAAGUUGUUGACAUUCUUAUUUUUAUAAGUGGUUUCUCUUCAUACAGAUUCCCCCCCCCCCCUAAAACUACUCUAUAUCUACAUCUUCUAGUUCACAAGCUUGUCUUCUGUGGAGCUUGGUUUCAACACUACUUUUUUGCUUCUCAAUUUUAUAUUGAAAGAAUGGAAGAAAAUAAUAUAUUCUAAUGGUUCAAGUAAUAAUACAAGCAAAUGUUGCUGCACUUGGGUCAUAUUUAAGGUGUUCUGUUUUCACAAAUGUUAUACAGGGGAACUGAUAGUUCUCCAGAUGUUGUUGGACUACAACUCCUGUUAUCUCUGCCUAAUGUUCUAAGAAGAGCCUUCUAGGAUUAGGCCAAAGGCCUGUCUAGUCCAGCAUUCUGUGGCACGGUUGUAUUGAACUGUUUUAUUCAGAGUAGACUCACUGAAAUUAAUGGACAUAAGUUGGUCUUGUCUAGUCCAACACUGGAUACAACCCAAAGUCUCUUAUGCUAGAGGUCAUAUAUAACCAUCACAUAAAGUUGCCAAGGAUGGGACACAGGUGGUGCUGUGGUCUAAACCACAGAGCCUAGGGUCUGCCGAUCAGAAGGUCAGCAGUUUGAAUCCCUGCGAAAGGGUGAGCUGCCACUGCUUGGUCCCUGCUCCUGCCAACCUAGCAGUUCGAAAGCACGUCAAGUGCAAGUAGAUAAAUAGGUACCGCUCUGGCAGGAAGGUAAACGGCAUUUCCGUGCGCUGCUCUGGUUCGCCAGAAGCGGCUUAGUCAUGCUGGCUACAUAACCUGGAAGCUAUCUGCGGACAAACGCCGGCUCCCUUGGCCGGUAAAGCGAGAUGAGCGCUGCAACCCCAGAGUUGUCCACAACGGGACCUAACUGUCGGGUCCCUUUACCUUUAAAGUUGCCAAGGAUAGUUUUAUCUUCUACAAUUUUUCUUAAACCCUUUAUAACAAUAUAUUGAGUCCAAAAACACUACCCCUGUUGUGAUGGUUUUGAAUUUGCCUUUAACACAAUGCCUUCAAUUCUGGCAAAUGAUUAGAAGGGAGUUCUGGUGCAAUCCAGACCCACAGUAGGGGUUCUGAUGUGCAGAAGAAGUAUUUGUAAAGCCUGAACCUGCCCCAUCUUCUACAUAGAACAUUCUGUUGGAAUUCUCUUACUUAUAAAAUGGAAAAGGGCUGUGUCUGUGCACAUUGCACUUGUCUGUGCACUUUAGAAUGCUGGAAUGCUUCCAUAUUUAUCUCCAUUCUUUGCUUUAAAACUUGUCUUUUCCUGCUUCUGUCAUUUAAUGAACUACUUUCACCCAUUGCUAAACAGCUGCUUCGCCAGUUUCUCUUCCCACAGUCCCAUUUUUUUUAGUGUUGUAAAUAAUUGCAUAAGGAGGAACUGGCAGGGUGCAGGGAGUGCUGGUGGCAUCUAGCAAGUUUUAACCAUUUUUGCUGUGAAAAUUCAGUAAAGAGUUGGAAGAAGGAAUGAAAAUGCCAUGUAGUCCAGCAUUGUAACACAGGGCUGGAAAAGGGGCAAUGAACCAGAACCACACUUCCUUUUGAAAAAUACUGGUAUUAUCAAUUGCACCUAUCUGUUUUUAACCAUUGUUUUAUUUUGUUACUGAUUAUUUUUUCUUGUUCUACAUUGCAUUAGCGCUGCAAAUGCAGUGGAAAGGUGGAAUAUAUAUAUAGUUUAAAUGAUCUAAAAUAAGUUUUUGUACAAAUGGAUCAUUACACUUACACCUUUUCAUUGGUGUUUUGACUUUUUCAGGUAAACAUAGUCUUUAAACAACUUGGAAAGAGGCUAGAGCAUCAAGGAAUUAGAAUUGAAUUUGUAGGACAAAUUGGUGAGUCUCUUAGAAUUACCGUUUGGUGUGGAUAACUUUGAGUGCUCAUAACCCUGAUAUAGGAAUCGUAAUCUGGACUGGUCUCUAGGUAGUUGAAUACAGUGUUCAAAAUUAGCCAGGCUCAUUUUGCACCAGGCUUUUGACCUGGGCCCCAGGAUGUCACCUGACAUCUCCACCAUCUGGAGGCACAUUCAUGGGGAUCAUUGUAUCUGAACUGUUUUCACACACUAUUACCACAUCCUGUAGAAUUCUAUCAGUUAAUUUUUAUCUGCAGAACCAGGAGCCAAAAUUUUAUUUCUAUGCAGUCUGAGCAGGAGUGGUGAACAACAUUAUAGUGAGUUGUUGCUUGUCUUCAUUUACCCCAUCCCACUGCCCUGCUCACAGUUGUGAAGAAUAUGGUUACGAUAUGAAUGGUCCAUGUCACUAUUAAGAAAAAGAGCUCAGAAUAGGCCAGUAUAUAUAUAUGUGGACUGUCCCUGGAUCAAGUGACUUUUCUUCUUUAAGUUCUCAAAGCUCUUAACCUAGCUCAAGGCUGUCAUCUGAACUAGGCAGAUGUUUAACUGAGAAUCAAACACAGUCAGUCCAUCAUUUGAAGAAUAAGUCUUAAGAGCCAUCUUGCCCCAAAAUGGCAACCAUUCUGUUUUGGCGACUAUAACAUUGGUUAAGGAGCCAUUUGGUGCCUAGCUUAUACAUCUGAGUUUCCAACACUGGUUGUAUAACAAGUAUCCCAAAGAUGUUUGUUUUGAAGUAAAUAAUGUUUGCUGUCUGUGAUUCAAAUAAAUUGUAUCUGUGAUAUGUUGCCAAGCAGCAGUUACACAAACAGCAUGCAUCUUAAAAAUAGUAACUAUAUUCUAGCUAGAUCAUAUGUGGAUCUUGAAGAUUAAGAUGCAACAAGUAAAGAUGACGUAAUUUAUUGAGGCCACAUCUUUGUAUGUUCUGCUUUUGUUUUUUCUUGAAGAGCUUUUUCUUAAAGUUUGUAUAUUCUGUUUCAUAAACCAAAAGCUUACAAUAUGAGAAUAUAAAAUAAAAUGACACAUUUUGGAAAACAUUCUCCUAGCCUACCUUUUAAAUUAUUGAAUUUACUCCAUAAAGUCAUUUGCUUGUUUGUAUAGCUGACUGCUGAUAUUAAACAAUGGUGGACUGUUCUGCAGUAUAAUUAACAAAACAGUUGUAUUUUGUACUUGAAUGAAGGAUCUUUGCAAUACAACUGACAUACUGAAGGAGUUCUGAAUUAGACCACACUGUAAAAUAAAAAUAAAAAAUUAAUUCACAUGAUUAAAUGGAGAUAGAAAGAUAUUAAAAUAUUGGCAUUAUUUCUAUUUAUUUUCUUCUUUUCUUCUUUGACACUUGCAGCAGUCCCAAGUGUCAAGCCAUUGUAUACUCCUUAAGGAGAGCUUCUGUUACAUUUCCUCUCUGAUUCUAUUCAUUACUUUCUUAGAGCUUUUCAGUGACAAGAGCAAUACUCAUGAAUUUGUAAACCUAGUGAAAGAACUGGCCUUACCUGGUGAAUUAACACAAAGUAGAAGUUAUGACUUUGAGUUUAUGCAAGUUGAGAAGCCAUAUGAAUCCUACAUCGGUGCCAAUGUCAGAUUGAGGUAUGGAAACUGAAAAGUACUAUUUCUGCAGUUAUGGUUAUAAUAGUUUCUAACUUACAGCAUUAUAUAGGUAUGGGUAAAAAUAUAUUAUAAAUUGGUUGCAUCAAAAGGGCCCAUCUGUGGAAGGAAUUUUGAUCUAGCAGAGACAUCCAUAAAGAGGGAAGGGGUUCUUUUGCCAAAUCCCCCCUGCAGCCUCUCUCACCCCUUAAAUUGAAGGAAGGUGGUAUGAGGGUUAUAAGGGGAAAAUGGUAUCUGAGAAAGUCACCUCCCUUCAUUUCCAUGCGUAGGAACCUUUGCUGAAUUGAAAGCUGUUACAUUGCUGAAAGAACUGUUUCCAUUAAUGGAAGCGUACUUUUGAAUCUAACCCGUAUGGAUCCUUUUUCUCUCUGAUCUGAUAGCUUUGAUGGAAUUUUUUUCUUUUCUGGCCUUCAGAAUCUAGAUAAACUAUCUUAUGAAUCAAACUCCCUAUAUGCCCCUGCAGGCUGGUAGGCUAUUCAUCUGAGUAGUCUCCAAAGCUGAGAUUUUAUGCAACCUGUGCUCCAAAGACAAAGUGAGCAGUCUUGUCUAUCAAACGUCACUCUAUACUAAGAAACUUGUAUCACUUGCUUAGAAUAAUUUCUUCUAACAGAAUCAUUUUGCUCAAAUCAUUUUAAGUUGUUUAGAGUAAUAUCUGAUUGUGGCAGGCCACUUUUACAACAGCUGUUUUGCUAGCCAGAGCCUUGUUUUGAGUGUAGCACAGCAGCUGAAUCCAGUGAGAGAAUUGUGCUUGUGAAACAAGUUGCAGAACUUCUCAGUGACAACUAAGCUUUUGCACCACUGCUUUCAGAACAAUGUUAAUUCUCAAACUUAUUCCACUAAUGUUAUGUUGGAUGUUGCCCUUGGUUAAAUAGAUUAAUAUGCAGCUUUUGAGAGAUAAUUGGAAGGUAUUUGAGCCAAAAGGCAUGCAGUGAUGGAAGACUCUGAAUUUCUGUUCUUUAGUCAUUAUUAAAAUACUUGAUUACAGCAUUGUUAAUUUUAAGAAAUACAAAAAUGAAAACAAGUUGCAAUAAAAUGAAAGAAAUAAAAAUUUCUACAUAGAAAAAGUACCGUAUUUUUCGCUCCAUAGGACGCACUUUUCCCCCUCCAAAAAUGAAGGGGAAAUGUGUAUGCGUCCUAUGGAGCGAAUGCAGGCUUUCGCUGAAGCCUGGAGAGCGAGAGGCAUCGGUGCGCACCGACCCCUCUCGCUCUCCAGGCUUCAGGAAGCUAUCCGCAAGCCUUGCAAGCCCGGUGGGAGUUCCCGCGGGCUCACAAGGCUUGCAGGCAGCAGCCUGCAGCCCCGGCGAGUGUCCGCAAGCCUUGCGCGCCCGGCAGGAGGUCCCGCCGAGCGCGCGAGGCUUGGGGCAGCAGCCUGUCGCCCGAAGCACGGGGAGCCCUCCGGAGGGCUCCCGUGCUCGGGCGAGUGUCUGCAAGCCUUGAGCGCCCGGCAGGAGGUCCCGCCGAGCGCGCGAGGCUUCGGGUGGCAGCUUGUCGCCCGAGCACGGGGAGCCCGUGCUCGGGCGAGUGUCUGCAGCCUUGCGCGCCCGGCAGGAGGUCCCGCCGCGCGCGAGGCUUGGGGCGGCAGCUGGUCGCCCGAAGCCCGGGGAGCCCUCCGGCGGGCCCCCCGUGCUUCGGGCGAGUGUCUGCAAGCCUUGCGCGCCCGGCAGGAGGUCCCGCCGAGCGCGCAAGGCUUGGGGCUGCAGCUUGUCGCCCGAAGCCCGGGGAGCCCUCCGGAGGGCUCCCCGUGCUUCGGGCGAGUGUCUGCAAGCCUUGCGCGCCCGGUGGGAGGUCCCGCCGAGCGCGCGAGGCUUGGGGCGGUAGCCUGCAGCCCGAAGCACGCGAGGCUUGGGGCGGCAGCCGCAGGGGGGGGAAUAAUUUUUUUUAUUCAUUUCCCCCCCCCCCCCAAAAAAACGAGGUGCGUCCUAUGGGCCGGUGCGUCCUAUAGAACGAAAAAUACGGUAAUUAGCCAUAUAAUAAAUAUGAUUAUAAUAAUGAUAACAGGAAACUAUAUGGAAACGGUAAAAAAAGCUUUAGCAAGCAAUCUGAAACAUGAAAGGCGUGAAUUUGGAUGUGCCUGCCUUAAAAAUAAUAUGUAAACCUUAAAUUGAAAUGUAAGUGGGUCCUCAAAAUACAUUCCAUCCUGUUUAUAGAGAUGUAAAGAAAUACUGGAUUGAAUCCUUUCAGUUUGGAGAAGGGAUUCUGGUUCAGCAGAGACUCAUGCUAGAUUGAAGGAAUAGAUUUCCUCUGCAGCAUCCCACCACAUCUCCCAUGUUGUACCAGAAGGACCUUCAGUCCUCUCAAGCCAAUCUUCAUGGAGAGCUGCAGGGGAGUGGGAAUGAAUUGCCUUUUCUCUUCUACCUGCUGAAGCUUUAGAGUUCUGCUGCAGGCAUGUCUGGUUCCAACCCAUUGUGCUAAUAAAAGUUGGAAUCACCUUCUCUCUUGCUUUAGGGAACGCUCUUAUUAAAUUCUCAUUUUGGCCUUGAAACAAAAGGAAUUAGAAUUGUGAGCAGAUUGGUUUAAUUCAGAUUUAACUGCUAAUGCAGUUUAUGAAUCUCAAUAUAGUCUAUUUCUGAUGUUAGCUAAUUUGAUAAAGUUGGCCACUUCAUGUAUGUAAAAUAUUCUGUGUAUGCAAUCUGUGCUAAUUUCCUGUUUUGUAGGUAUUUCCUUAAAGUUACGAUAGUAAGAAGAUUGUCAGACUUGGUAAAAGAGUAUGACCUUAUCGUUCACCAGCUUGCGACAUACCCAGAUGUUAACAACUCUAUUAAAAUGGAAGUCGGCAUUGAAGAUUGUCUGCAUAUAGAAUUUGAAUACAACAAAUCCAAGUAUGUAUUAUGAAUAAGGGAAUGUGUGACCUUGAAAUGGGUAACCAGGGAAACUCCUUCAGGUUAAAAGUGUGGAACACAUAGCAGUAAUUAACUGAUUGCUAAUGGACCAUAUACAGUGGUGCCCCGCAAGACGAAUGCCUCGCAAGACGGAAAAACCGCUAGACGAAAGGGUUUUCCGUUUUGAAGUUGCUUCGCAGGACGAAUUCCCCUAUGGGCUUGCUUCGCAAGACGAAAAUACCUUGCGAGUCCUGAGAUUUUUUUCGCUUUCCCCCUUUAUCUAAUCUGCUAAGCCUUUAAUAGCCUUUAAUAGCCUUUUAGCAGCUAAUCCCUAAGCCUUUAAGCCUUUAAUAGCCGCUAAACAGCUGAUAGCGCUAAUAGCGCUAAUCCGUCAAUGGGCUUGCUUCGCAAGACGAAAAAACCGCUAGACGAAGACUCUUGCGGAACGGAUUAAUUUCGUCUUGCGAGGCACCACUGUAUAGGUAUAGGUGGGUGAAAGCUGACCUUCCAAAGUUGUUAUAAUUCAGGAGUAUUAUAUUACUCUGUUCUUGAACCAACUGUCCACAUGGAAACUUCAUCUGAUACAAAAUGCUGCAGCUAGAAUUAUGAUUACUAUACCAGCUAAUGGUACUGUACUGUGAUUUUGAUUACUGUACUAUAUUGGCUCCACUGACACCCAGUCUGUUUGUGAGCUCAGGUAGUUGGAGGAGACGCCGCUCUAUGUCCCAUCAGUGUUUAAGAUUGAGUUGCUGGGUAUACAUAAAAGGUCCUUUUUGAGAACUCUACCCAAACUUUGGAACUCCUUUCUCUCGGAGUCCAACUGGUGCCUCCUUGAUGACAUUUAGAAAGCAGGUGAAAACUAUUCUGCUUUGGUGGCUUAUGACGAUUUCUUAGUCUUGCCGCCUUUAAAACUGUUUUGCUGGUGGCUGUUUUUCUGUGUUUCUUUUAAUUUUGCUAUUUUUUUAAAAAUGUGCUCAUUGUAUGCCAAUUGAGUGUUCUGUUACUAUGAGUGGGAUUCAAACUAAGUUAGUUGUACUUAUCUAAAAGUUAGACAUUACUGACUUUUCACAUUGAUUGCAGUAGACCUAAGUGCAAAUAGCUUAGUCUGGAUCCAAUUCUACAUGAUGCAAAAGUAGGAUACAAUUUUUUAAAAUGCUUAGACCAGACCUAUGUAUUCUGUUAGCAUGGGGCUCUUUAGCACUAACUGCCUAAGCAACAGAGAUCAUUAUUGCAAUCUGAUUUGUUAUAGCAUCAACAUUUUGAAAUCUCAACUUACCUUCAGUGCAUAUUGUGAUAACUUGUAACAGUCUCUACUACUACUAGCACUUUCUGUUCAUUGAGCUUUAAAGUGGCUUCUGAAAACAUACUGCCUGAUUGAGGAAUAAAACUGGGUAGCAGCUACAAACUUGAGUGUGGGUCUGCUCUUUGGUAAAAUGAGUAACCCUGUUCAAUAUAGACAGUUCUGUUUUCUUAUCCUUUUUCAGCAAUAUGAAUACAGAAAAGCAUUGUAAAAUGCUGUAAACUAGUUUAAAAAUGUUAAAUUCUGCAGUUUACAAGCCCCCUUCCUUUGUUUCUGUAAGGUAUCAUCUAAAGGAUGUGAUUGUUGGAAAAAUUUACUUUCUCUUAGUAAGAAUAAAAAUUCAGCAUAUGGAAUUACAGCUGAUCAAAAAAGAGAUUACUGGAAUUGGUAAGAUGAAUUUUGAAACUCAUGAAUAUUUUUACUUUUAAUUUGAUGUGUUCUAGAACUAUCUUUUCUGAUAUUUCCAAUUUAUAAUAGGCUGUUCUAUUUUGCAUAUGUAUGUGUAGCUAGUUAGCUUCUUUUAGCUGUACAUAGUUACCAAUACUGGUUUGCAGGUAACUAGUUUAUGCUUCACAGUGAAUGGGUUCCUGAAACCUCUGCCUUCAACUGUGUUUAGCAAUAUACAUGGCAAUCAGGCAUUCUGUUCAGCUACUUUUCAACUUGAAAGACCUUCUUGUACAAUUGCUUUGCACUUCUAAAUGUAGUAAUAUUUUAGAAUUGGCAUGGUGGUUAGGCUUCAAGUGGCAGAUAUGAUUCACAUUAAACUGGGGUAACCUGUUCAGAUAUGAGACUUGGGUGACAGUUGUUUACUUUGACUAAUUGGUAUACAGAACUACUAAUUAUGUUGUUGGUCCUGAUUAACAGCUGUAAUCAGGGCUCAGAAUUCCUCUGAGGUUCUGUUGUAUUGGACUGAGCUGGGGAAGUGCAAAUAUUGGAUAUUACUAAGAGGAGCUGUGUCCUGAAGAGCUGAGAAGUAGUGAUAUUUUCUGAUUACCCGUGUAAUUCAAUACCUAUUCAUGAUCUGAUAAGGUAUAACUGCUAAGGGGCUUUAGUCCAUAGAAAUAAAUAAAUGUAUUCAACUAAAUAUGCAAAAUUGAAUUAAAGGACUUUAAAAUAAAUAUAAUUGUUUAACCAGGACCCAGUACCACAACAGAAACAGAGACCAUUGCAAAGUAUGAAAUAAUGGAUGGUGCACCAGUUAAAGGUGAGUUGGUGUUUGUUAACAUUGUCAAAGCAUUUUUAUGUUAAGAUAUAGGUUGUUUCUCUAAAUUGAGUGUUAAUCCUAUUAUGGAGUACAUAAAAAUUAUCUUGAAGCCUAGACUGGUACAAAAAGAAAAUCUAAAGCACUAAAUACCAACUUUGCCUUAUGCAUCAUUUAAGUGCCUUAAAUGAAUAAGGGGCUCCUAAUCUGGGGCCUUCACUCCUUAAUACCAGUUGGAUAGUAUUAGUUGCUUUCAUAAAUUAGAAAACUGAUUUCUGGGUUGUGGCAGGUCUAUCAUUACUUUUUCUUGUGUUCUUAAGAGUCAAGAAAAAGAGUAGGGAAAACAUGGACAAAUGUGCUACCCCUGAACAUAAGAAGAGCUCUAUUGGGUUGGACUAGUUUAGUGUAGCAUCCUCUCUCCCACAGUAGUCAACCAGAUGCUUAUCUUCUGCUGCUGUUCCCCAGCAAUUGGUAUUCAAUAGCAAUUGGCUUGUCCCUUUAAAGCCAUCUAUUAAUCACCCUGCAUGUUGUGAUAACAAAUUCAUAUUUGAGCUUUGCGCUUUGUCUCUCCUGAAUUGUGCUCCCCAGCUUGAUUGGAUGACAGAAAUGGAUGCAGAGCCAUGCUCACAUUUAAAUAUACAGCUGUUUUCCUUUUUAGAGGCUACUCCCGCCUAGAUUAAAAGGCAUGUUGAGAUUUGGUGUGACUUGCUUAAGAAGAAAUUCCCAGCCCCCUUCUUUUUAAAUUGAUGUCAUGCCAUUCCCUGUGACCCCAGAUUAUUCACUGUCAGGAACUAUUCUAAUCCUUUAAAUGUUGAGGAAAGAAGCAAAACUAAUCACAACUUCUUUUUAUCUAAGGUGAAUCUAUUCCUAUAAGACUCUUCUUGGCGGGCUAUGAUCCUACUCCUACAAUGAGGGAUGUGAAUAAAAAGUUUUCAGUAAGAUACUUCUUGAACCUAGUAUUAGUUGAUGAAGAGGACAGAAGGUACUUCAAGCAACAGGUAUGACAUUGUGCACUGAAGUAUUGUAAUGAGGUGGAUUAUUAUUUAUUUGUGUUGCCUUUUCUGUUAGAAAAUAUUCAGGGCAACUUUCAAAGUACUAAAGCCAGCACCCAAUAAAACAAUAAUUGGGAUACUUAAGCAGAAAAAAUGCAGUCCAUUAAAACAUCAGUAAUAAAAGCAUAACAAUGCUAAUAAAAAUCUUAUCUCCCAUUACCUGCUUAAAGGAAGGCUUUAUGAAACAAUGUUUUUAUGUGCUGCCAAACUGUCUAGAGUGGGAGCAAAGGAGACCUCAUGAAGAGAGCUGCACAACAUGGGCACCACUCCAUGCUUCAGCAUAACUUUCUGAAAAGGAUUGUGGCUUUCAGUAUCUAGGUUUUUUCAGAAGUUUAUAUGGAAAUGCUAAGGGGGGGGCACACAAGUAUUCUAGGAGAGAUGCUUCUAUCUGCGACAUCAAUAUGUUUAAAAUUUGAAGCCUCUAAACUGUACAUUUUCUUCCACCUUAAACAGGAGAUCAUUCUUUGGAGAAAAGCUCCUGAGAAACUGAGGAAACAACGAACCAACUUCCACCAGCGGUUUGAAAGUCCAGAACCACAGGCAUCAGCAGAGCAGCCUGAAAUGUGAACUGGGUGUUGGGAGUGAAAGAACUGUUGAUAGAUCAGCAGGUUAAAGGUGGCAACAGCCUGUAGGGAAGAAGGCCACAACACCCAUUUCAACAGUCUUCCUCAUCUUACAGUGCUGCAUUUCCCACACUACUAAAACAUUCUUUAAGUAAACAUUCAAGUGUGUACAUACAUUUAAAAUAAGCGCUUUCUCAAACACUGGAACUUUCUUAAGCUAUUUUAUACUGCACAUUUUACUUUUUGUCUGGUGUGAUGCACUCAGAUAUAUGCAUAAAGCUUAAAAAAGUUACGUUUUCCCAUGCAUGUAGGCUGGUGCAUUUAAGUUUUGCUUAUCAUCGAUGGUAGACUAAAGCAUUUCCUCUUCCUAUACCACAGUCAUAUCAUACAUCCUUCCUCAUCGUCUACUGUCUGUAUCCUUCGAAACUAAUAAAUAUAUUGUUCUAAAAUGACAAAUUCAGGGUUUAUAAUGGGAUUUUGUCCAUACACUUGGAAUAGUUCUCAUGCCAGAGUUUUCAGACUUUGUCUCUUUCUGAGGAAUGUAUAUAAUAAAGCAAGCUUCUCUCUCAUACUAGCUUUAUAAGAGGGGUGAUGACUCUUCUAAUUCUUUUCUUGGCACCUCCAUCUUAAUGAUUCUAUUAUCAAAUUGCAAAGCCCUUGAAGGCUUAUAUGCCCUAAGCGAAAAUACAGAAUUAUCCCAUUGAGCUGUGUUUCAGUGGCAAAGGUGUGUGAAAAUGUAGCUUUUACUGAUUACACUUUUGGAAUUCGGGUCAUAGGCACAAAAUUCAGAUCACUUUGCAUUAAAAUGCACACUUCAUCUUACCACCUCAAACAUUGGCUUGUAGGAAGGUCUGUGUAUGUAAACCAAAUUGAAUUCUAAGUAGGCUUUGGAAUUCUGUCUAGCAAAACACCCAUUUUUAACUUUAGUGAAUUUAGUCUUUGGACAACCCUUGUUAGCCUCCAUCUAUCCACAAUUAAGCAUGUAGUUUUCAGAAACGGAGUUUAACUAUGGUCACAAAAUGGAACCUGCUGAAUUAGAUGGCUACUCAUAUUUGUAGUUCACUUGGCCUAUCUACCAAGAAUGUUUCUAAACUUCACUGCAAGUGUUAUUGGUUACCUUACUUUAUGAGUAAGUGAAAUUCUCAAAUUAUACUUCUGUAAGAACUGUUUUACUACCAUGGCACUUUGAUAAAGCAGUCAAAGAUGCUGCGUGCUGGGAUAUUUCUCUUUAGCAUGGAUGCCUAUGACUGAGAGAACUUAACUCCCUCAUGUAAGUGCCUAUUCAGAAUUUCAAACAAAAAAUGCCAAAUAUUUUCAUGGACACUUGCAUGUUGUAAUCUGGAAACUAUUCCAAUAAAUUUUUGAAAACUGAUUGUAUUUAACCAGCCUCAAAUUGUGCAACUAUGUAUAAUAGACAUAAUAAACUGCUCUUUGAAUUAUUAAAAAUAGCUGUAUUCUCACUAAAAUAUCUAGAUUGUGUCUUCAAUUUUACAUUGUGCUGUAGUGAGUUUCACUUAUAGAAUUAUUGAAUAUCUUAAAGUUAGACUUGGGAUGUUCUUAAAUAGCAUUUAAUGCAUUGUUGGGGUGGAAGAAAUUCUAGUUCAUCUCAAGUUUUAGUGAUCACGGACUACCAAAACAAAACUGAGAUUCUCAAUGGGUGGCAUACUUUCCCUUUGAACCUGUUCAUUUAGAUAUAUUUCUUACACUGGCACAACAAAUUCGGUUGAAGUGAAUUGAACAGAUCAGAGCGUUGUAGGCAGUACUCUGGGUAGAAGUACUGAAAUUAAGGGACCUCGGUUAGUCAUGCCUAUUAAUUUCAGCAUAGGACCAAUCCAUUUCUUUCAGUUAGACAUGUAUUUUUGGAGAUCAGCAUUUAGUGCCAUGGUGACUAAUUAUCUAGAUAGAGACAAUUUUCAUAUCUAAAACCAAGCCAUUAUCAUUUGCAAAUUUAUAAAGGAAUAUGUUGCCAUAGGAUGUGGUUGAUGCAUUAAAAAUAAGUGGCAGAAUUUUUUUAUGUGGUUUUUAAUCUAAUUUGACUACACUUAAGAAUAUGUUUGCAGUCCUGCUUUCUAACACCAUUUUUUUGUUUGUUUCAGCUUCUUGAAAUUGAUAAGGGCUUUUCUUUUGUAUAUGGAUUUAUAAAGUGUUUUGAAGUGC